AUGUCUCUGCCGGCUACUGUCACUACCUUUCCGCUUCUCCAUCUACCCGUGGAGCUCAUAGUAGAGAUAGCGGUCUGGGGCCAAUAUAUCUGGAUAAACGACAUGUUCUCUCCCUCGUCCGGCGCACCGCACAGGAGGCUCGCUGUUGGCCUAGGGGAGACCGUCAUUCGAGACGAAGACUGCUGUACCCAUGUCGGCCACGCCGUUCUUCCUUCUUGCAUCACCGAAUCCUUUGCGCAGAGUGUUCUGUUGCCUGCACACUGUCUGCGGCGGACGUGCACACGUGUGCGCGAAGCUCUCAGCGUCGCUGAAGUUCGCCUCGGGACUGCCGACAACGCCAUGUUAAACUUCAAAGCUGACGAUGCGGGGGCGGCGCGGCGCUAUUCCCGCGAUGGCGUAUCGUAUGAGAGCCGCACGCUCAUAGCUUCCCCUUCUUGCACCUGUUUGCUAAGGGGCAUCCGGAACUUCUACGACACCUUACACGACGUAAAGUUGUCGUUGCCCUGGGCCACGCGAUCACAGCCGCAUAACGAGGACUUGUUCAUGAGAAAUCACAGUGCGAACAGUCCUUUGCAGCGCUUUGACCUGGAGUACUACGAACCCUCUCGAUCAACGACCGUUCCAAUGUUCUCAAUUCGAGCCGUCCGUAGCCUUUCCGCCACAGUGUCGCGCACCGUGAACGCGGCAUUUUUCUACACGUCGCCUUCCCUGACAGCAUUGUGUAUAUGUCACGUCAUGUCGCAAAGCCCGACGCUUGGACUGAGCUUCUGGAGGGGCCUGGCGCUCUGUGCCGCGAGUCUGGAGUACCUUACUCUUGAUAUUCCUAGCGCGGCAUGUGUUGGGGGCGAAAACUUCAUCCAUCUUCCGCACCUACGCUAUCUUCGGCUUGUAGCCCCAGCGGCUGAUGCGAGCUGGCUCCUCCAAGCCUUGCAGCUACCUCCAGAUCUGGAUAUCCAUCUGGAGCCAGUGUACGAUUGGAGAGCGGCCGCUGAGCGGGUAGUCAGCGUGAUGGUUGACAGCGGUCACGUUAGGCCAAUGGAGAUACCUUUCGCGGCGAUGGAGGAAGCUGCUGACGUCGGCGCGAAUGUUCAUCCUCACGGGUAUUGGCGAUUCAUGACGGCGCUUACGGCGCCUGAUCAAACGUCGAGUAUAUUCCACCAGCCGCCACUGCUGCAUGUACUAGACGAGAAUUUGAACCACGCCGCGCAGGUUGCGGGGCUGGACAUUCGCCUAGAUCCAUCUACCAGCCCUGCGGAGCGGGCCUGCAUCCGAUUUCCGGAGAUAGUCGCUCUGUACCUGGCCGAUACUCUGGACGAAUUCUUGGAUGGCUGUGCCGAUGUCGAACCGGAUUGGCGAAAGUCCGAACCGCCGGGCAUGAAGCAGAAGGCGCGGCGGUCGCUUGUCUUUAGAGACAGUCUUUUCAGCACGGCGGCUAGAGAAAACGUGUUCCAACCUCGAUUCGUCAAGCCCGUAUACGAUGCCGCCGCUUACCUCAUGCAGCUGGCGACGCGGGGCAAGUCAGGAACGGCAUUCGCCGGCUUCGAGUAUGUGAACACCUUGGCUCUACACCCUCUCUCAUGGAAGCCGGCGUAUUCGCUGGGUUGGGCGCAUAUCUUGGAGCAUUGCGACGGGUUGGAAGCCAUCGCCAUUUGCUAUGAGCGCUUCUGGGACGACAAUGAGCCGUUCGACGAGACGAUGGAAGGAAUACUCGCACCGGCUCACUUGGAGGCUCUGGCUACAUACCUGAAUGAUCUCAGGUCCUCCUCCGGCUACCCUUGUCGCCGUCUGCGCCGCAUAUACAUCCGCAGCAGGGGCGAUGCGCCAGUCCAUCUUGGGGCUGCCGCCUUCACCGAGCGAUGGGAAAGGCGCUUCAAUACCAAGCGCCGCAGUCGAUCGCCUGGUGCUCUGUAUAUUUCAGUAUUCAUCUGA